AUGGUUCACUACGUAGACGCGCGAGACGGUUGGGAUGUGAAGGAAUGCGAGUGCUGCUUCGACAGGGCAGUGAGCUACCGAGCACAGCGCGCUCUCAACAUUGGCAACAUCGAAACCUUCCGUCUUGAACUACACAACAUGCUUCCUUCUUCCGUUCCUGCUGCGCCACCGAUCCACCAAAGCAGGGCCGAGCUCGAGUUCUCCCUGAAAGUGCCGGUGCAGGCCCUAGGGGGCCUGGGGGGGGUACCACCGUUGGUACAGUUGGAGUGGAAGGAGAGAAACGCGCCCUACCAAUGCGUGGAGGCAAUGCUUCUCGAGUGGAUGGCUGAGCCUCGUGUAGCCUACCCUUCCCUCGCGGUCGAAUUGGGAGUAAGCCGGCAGGGACAGCCGGAUGUCGCCGCGUCCACGCUGGUGCAGGUGCUGGGGGUGAAGGAGAGUGCUGAUCUGCAGGAAGGGUUUGGGUUCUUCUUGCAGCAUUUGCUGUCAGGCGGGCUGGAAAAGGCGCACGGAGAGGGGAAGGAGGGAACUGGGGGGAGUGCUGCUGAGACGGUGCAUGCGGAUGGGAGGGGAAGGGGAGGAGCAGGAAGGGAUGCAGAUGGCGUGGUUAGGGGGUCUAUUGAGGACAUAGGGAGGUUGAAAGACGGCAGGAUGGCUAAAGAGGUUGUGAUGAUGCCGUGGAUGGGGAGCCCUGAAGCGUCGUGGGAGACGGGGAUCCGACUCAUGGCUGAAGCCAUGACACGCAUGGUGGAGGGCAGAAGCGGCAUGGGGGGAGAAGCUGUGGCUGGAGCGGGCAUGGGGCGAGACGGGGGCAGCAGAAGCGGCAUGGCAGAAGAAGCUGAGGCUGGAAGCGGGAGGGGAGGAGCAGGGGAAGGUGGUGGAGGGGAGCAGACAGGCAGCAAGGAGGGGACGGAUGGGUGUGAUGGUGAUGGUGAUGGUGAUGGUGGCAGGGAUGGAAAAGGAGAGCACUGCAAGGAGGGGCGAGUGUACAUUCUAGAUGGGAACAAUGCAAGCAAGACACGGGUGGAGGAGGCAGCUAUUGAAGAGGCCAGGGAACGGCUGAGAAGGGAAAGCCAGAGAAGGGAGAAGCAGAGGCAGGAGAUGAGUAAGAGAGGCAAGGGAUGUGGAGCAUGGGUGCGCAUCUACGGCUCAGAUUCCAUCUCAGCAAAGCAAUGCUCCAAGGACAGCCCACCAGUCAAAGUCCUGCCCAUGCACCACCCCUUCCGCGACCUCCCAAGCCUACUGCUUAGGUUCGGUGCCAUCCCCAAGCCUUCGGACGGAGCCAACGCUCCUUUGGAGUGGGACGAGUGGCCCUGGGGCGAUGAAGGUGCUGUGAAGCUUCCUGAGGAGCCAAGUGCAAGAUGCUUUGGACUGGGGAUUCUGGAUGAGAGUGAGGACAGUGAGGUGAGAGAAGAGGGUGGGAGCGGAGGGGAGGUUAGAGAGACACCACCAGAGCAGGCAGCAAGGGGUGGAGGCGGCAAGCGCAAGGGUGGGAGGGGUCGAAAUGGAAAGGCGACCAGCCAAGGAGGUGGAGGUGGAAGGGGCAGAGUCAACACCGGGGGCAGCGGAGGUCAAAAAUCCCACGCAGAUGCUCCCGCACGGGCACUGUUACCUUCAAAGGGGAAGCUUCCUAUCGUUCGCUGCACAGAAGAUGCGGAAUUUCUGGUGUAUGUUACCGGCUUGUUCUUUGAUCCCCCGCGGUGCGCCCAGUGCAUUCCAUGCUUUGCCCAUUACAAAGCCCUCAUUCCCUUCUCUGCUCUCAUUGCCAACUUUGCCUUCCGCCCCGCCUCUGUUCUCUUUAACCGCUUCGUCUCCAUCUUCCCGCCACGCUCCCCGGAAUUCAUGAAGCUUGCACAAACACUGCGUACGCACGACCCUUCCCCUGCAAAAAAAUCGACUGCGCGCCGUGACCUGCCCGUGAUUCGCGAGCAAGCAGAGAGGCUGCCCGUUCUCCUGCUGCUCUAUAUCGCCCUUAACUGGCCCAUUUUCAUCCUUGGCAUUGACGAGGUGAUGAAAAUGGGGACGGUGGAAGCGCGAGGGGAAGCUGAACGUAAAAUUGCAGAGCAACAAGCGAGGAAAGGGCACAGAGCUGGGAGUAAAAGAAACGGUGGGCGAGGAGAGGCGGAGGAGGAAGCGGAAGGGGAGGAUGAUGGGGAGGUGUGGGAGGAGGUGCGAACCUGGUGUGCCACUGCACUGAUGGCAUGGCCGUCCAGUGUGCGGGCCACGGGCAAGUGGUUCGACCCUGAAUCUGUUGCAUCGGGGCUCAGCCCUCCCUGUAGGGACAGCAAGCAGCCGGGCUCGCAGCUGCUGGCUUGUGCGUUCUUCCAUUUGGCGGCACAGACGAGGUUCCAUGCUGACGUGGACGGCCAGGAUGGGGCGGACGGCGGUGGUGUGAAGCUGAAGAACUGCUCUGGGUGUGGCAAGGUGGCGUAUUGCAGCAGAGAGUGCCAAAAGGCGCACUGGCCCUCCCACAAGCUCACAUGCCCCGGCAGGAUCAGCGGCCGGGGUGGUGGCAGUAGCAGCAGUGGCAAGGUGAGUGGCAAGGUCAGUGGCAGGAUCAUCAAUGUCCUUGGGUAG